AUGUUUCAUACGCUUCAUUCUUUGAGAACUGUUCUUAUUACAUUUUUCUUGUGCAUUUCCAUUUCCGCAGCUGUCUCAAUUCCCGAUGCAGGUGAACACGAUACGCUAACUGACGGCCGGUUUUCCCAAUUCGACUUGGAGUAUGAGGAUCCGGUGGAAAAAGCAUUAGGGAUGCUUCGAAAGGUGCCGGAACUUGUGUCUGAAAACCAGAUGCAACAAACCAUCGAUUACUUGGACUUCUACACUAUGGACGAAAUGAAUCUUGGAUCGAUUCUUGCAGAACGUGCCAUUAAUAUUCUGAAAGUUGAGGCCCAGAAAAACAACACGGAUGCUGUGCUUUGGCUCGGUAACAUUUUCUUUUUUGGUUUAUUUAACCUAGUGGCCCAAUUCGAAGAAGCAUUUGAGUUUUACUCACAACUUGCACAGUUAAACGGCAGUGCUAUUGCUCACGUAGUACUCAGUUCCUACUAUGCUGCCGGCUACACAGAUCUUACUUCUCGUGACCCGUCUUUAGUAUUUCUUCACGCGGAAGCUGCUGCUCGACAGGGCUCGCUUGAUGCAAAGCAACUACUGGCGUACCAUUCUUUAGAGGGAAUACACACGUCUAAGAAUUACGAGCGUGCAGCCUCCCUGUACAAGAACAUUACAGACUCUUUGUUUAAUGAAAAAACAAUGUCGCCAAUGCAUGUCCCCGGAGGCUUAAUGCUUCCAAUGCCAGACUUUAACAGUGCUGGCGCUGAGCAUUAUGGCAUUUAUGGAUAUGCCUCAGCUUAUCAACACACUCUUCCUUCCAAGGCACUUCGUUUAGUUACACAAUAUUACAACAAAGCAGCCGAGCCAGAUCAUGAAUGGGACUCGGAAUUCAUUUUUCAGGUCGCUAUUUUGCGGAUGCACGGCUCUGCGCACAUGCGGCGCAAUCAUACCCAGGCUGAACAAAUGUUUCAUCGUGUUGCAGAGAAGUUGUGGCCGUCUGAUGAAUUGAACUCAAUUACGUUUGGACUUAGUCAGUCUCUAAGACUUUUAGCAUCCCAUGCUGCUGGGUUCAUUGGUAUUUUGCAACUACGGAAUACAUCUACUUAUGUAAAGCAAAAAACUCCUUUGACCUGGCUUCAGCGCGGUGCUGCAUUCAACGAUCUGACAUCUCAGUACGGUUUGGCUUACAUGUAUUUACACGGUCUUUAUGGAUUAAAGCGUAAUGAAACGUUUGCCAAGACCCUUUUGCAUCAAACCGCUUCGCAAAAUCAUACUCAGUCUUUACUCCUUCUUGGUAUGUUGAAUCAAAACGAGGGAAAAGCCGAAGAAGCUUUUCGCUGCGUUUUCCGCGCUGCGCAGAAUCGUGACGCACUUGCGUACAAGUACUUGGGAGACUACUAUUAUUCUGGUUUUGGCACACCCGUGUCCCAUGAAUUGGCUGCAAGAUCGUAUAAGCGCUUUGUUGAAGGUAUGCGUAUUUCCACCUCUACCCUUGCGCUUGCAUUAGAAGAUGCAGAAGAGUACGAUUGGGAAAGCUCUUUUAUGCACUACAUCUAUGCUGCCCAGCUCGGUUAUUCUUUGGGUGAAACAAAUGUUGGAUAUCUGCUCGAUGAUAACAAGUAUCUCAUAAAUACGUUCAUGCGAUCCAGUUUCCCGCCAACAAGCACUCGAGAAAUCGAGACAGACAAGUUGGCGCUUGAGUUUUAUUUUCGCGCUGCCAACCAGGGCGACGUUGAUGCACUUGUCAAGGUUGGCGACUAUUACUACUAUGGUAUUGGUGUUGAAAAAGACCUAGGUAAAGCCUACGAGUUUUACCAAAGAGCCGCACGUACGGGAAUGUCCAGUCUAGCCGUAUGGAAUUUGGCCGGUAUGCACCAAUACGGAAUUGGUCGACCUCAGGAUAUUCACCUGGCGAAACGACUUUACGAUCAGCUCUCAAGGGACCCAUUGUCUAGACUUCCUCUGCUCCUCGCAAGAUUUUGGCUCAAAGUUCACUGGGGCUACAAUCGUCUCUUGGCUUGGUUUCGUCAAGUGAAGCAAGCACUGCCCUUUUAA